GAUCGGAUAGGAUCGGAUCGGUUCCCUCUCGCCUAUCUGCGAGGGACGUCCCUGCGAGGCCGACCUCGUCGUCGCGGCAGAUGCAUUAAUUGAACCGGCUUAAAUUAUAGCCGCUCGCUAAUUGCGCUCUUCUCCGACCACGGAGCUGUCUGCUCGCGAGAGACGCACGCACCGUUUCCCUUGCCGAUUACGCGCGAUUAAUCCGCCACGCGAAACGGCCAACGAGUACCCGAUGACAGUGCGAGUCUUCGAUUUUUUCCAUUUGCCGAACGCGCAAGAAAGCGGCCGCGUAUUUCCCUUGCCUUAACAUUCUACGAGAACGUGUCGCGCCGAUUUGAAAAACGUAACGUAACGAGCAGAAGCACCGGAAGAGGAGGGCGCCGCGACGAUAAACCGCGUAUCGUUUCGGAGUAGCCGCGAUAUCGCGACCGCUCUUUCGUUCUCCGCUCCGUAAGCUUAGUCUUUUCGAAAGCGCACGCGAGACAUUCGUCCGGAUCCAACGACUCGGCACGCGCUUCGCGUGUUUAGCUCCGAUGUAUCGCGAUUACGCAAGUCGAUUAACGGUAAAAUCGGUCGUAGCCGUGGCAGAACCGAUCGGAGAUCGGUAAAAAUCGACACGCGACUCGCGAUUCCAAGCGACUCGUGAACUUUUUCCACGCGCAGGGAAGAACAUCGUGACGAGGCGUAUCUUUCGAAUGAAAAAAUAAAGAAACGAGGAGGAUAAAAUCGCGAUCUAGCCGGGACAAUAAUCGUAAUGUGCAAACGAGCCCCGGUAGUGGCGAUUCCGGUUCGUUUCACGAAUAAACUCCGCAAAUUCCCCUUAUCGUUAAUUAGAGGAUAAUGGUUAAGGCGCCGUUUCGCCGGAUCUUUUUACGCGCACGGUACCGAGGCGAGCCGAGGCGACGAUUUAUUCGACCGGAUCGUGGGUACAUCGGGAUCGAUACACAUGCGCGUACUUUACGUAGGUAGGGGAAUCCGGUGCACGGUCCGGUUUCGAUCUAGACUCGCGUUCGAAUUAAACGCGUCGACGGGAAACACCCGGCGUAAAUACACGAGGACCGCGACGUAUCGCGAUAUCGAAGAAGUUACAGUACGCGAGUUUUCCCUCCUCUUCGUAUUCCCUUCUGUUAAGUCCGCGGCGAACAAAGCGCGUCUCCGAAAGCGCGAAUCGUCCAUUAUACAGCGUCGUUACACUCUUAAUCCCGCUAGUAUCUUAAUUAUCGAAUUUAUUAACUGGCGAUUCGAUCCUCGAAACGAUAAUCCUGAGAAAAGUAGCUCGGUUUCGCGGUCACGCACGAACGAACGAGUCUCCCGAUGGUGGUACGUAGCAGCGUUCGGAAAGUUAAUUAGAAAACAAACAGAAAAUUAACGCGAACCCGGCAGCGAAUCUUUCCAGCCGGCCGUUAUUCACGAUUUAUCGUAACUCGUUCGAGUCCGGUCGGUGACCGGUUUAUAAGCGAGAGAUCGGCGAACGAUGCGCGGUCGCUUGCUCGCGCGGUCUGAUCGACGAUCGAAAAUCUUUGAUACGCUCGCGAAUCCGUUCUGGGUGUUGUCGGUUGGGAUCGUCGAGCAGGAAGCCGACGCGGCGGUUCUUUUCUCGCGAGAGCGAAACCAGUUUGCUUACAGCGAAUAAAAAUCUUGAAUUAUCGCGUAAUCGCGAAUACGUUUAACCCGUUAACGCAUCGACGUUAAUCGAUCAUUUUCUUUUGCUCUGCGUCUAUCUCCUUCUCCCGCGUUUUCUUCUGUAUCCUUUCCUCUCCGAUCGCGUACGCCGAACUCGAAGCGCAAAAACCAACUCGGAGGGGUCUUUCGAGCUCGAAAAGAUCGUAGCUCGCGACCGGUUGGUCGGCGAAAAUCUUCUCGACCGUUAAUCUUGAUUUAUGAUAACCGCGACCGCGAUCUGCCCGGAGACUGAGCGGAUAAUUGGAUCGCGCUCGUACGUGCCGUGGCUACCGGUCUCGCCGGCCGUCUUCUCCGUUUCUCUACCCUUUGGUUACCUUCUGCUCGCUAAUUCGGGCCACGCGAAUUUCGUUAAGCAUCGAACUCAAGCGGGCGGGAUUACCUCCGUACCGUGUCACGCGAGAUUGUCACGCCCGGACGGACGUUCGCGUGGCUCGUCCAGCGGUCCUCGAGACGGGUCGCGACCACUGCACGAAACUUUCCGGAUACGUUUGAACGGUAGAACCGGUCCCGUGAUCGUACGCGCCGGUUGGAAUAAUCUACUCGCCCGGUUAAUUGGCUCGUCGAUCGAUUCCUCUCGUCGAUCCGCGAUCGACGCGGAGCAAAGUUCCUCCGGUUCUCGAAAAAUCAUCGAAACCGAUCCUCUCUUCGGUGGCUCUUCGGAUUGAAAAAAAGAAAAAAGAAAGGAAAAGCGAGUCGACGUCGGUCGCUAAGUUGUCGACGAGUUUCGUGAAGCGAGAAGUCUGACGCAGGUCGCGUAUAAGCGAGUGUUAGGCCGAACUGGCUCGGAUGGCUGGCUGACUGGCCGAGUGGCUGCCGUGCUGCCGGUCGGUCGAGAACGGCUGCUCCCGUGAAACGGUGUUGGUUCCACGUCGGUGUGCGUCCGAUCGUGGGAUCGGUCGCGAGUGUUGGUGCCGCCGAUCGAGUGGCUGUCGAGGAUAUAGAGACAACGGCCUGCCGAUGCACACACACACCGUCCGUGCUUCUCAACCAACGUGCCGCGUUUCUUCGUCGCUUUUAGAUUCCACGAGGAUCGACCCACGCUCCGAUACCCUCUGACCUUUCCUCCGUUCUCCGCGAGGUCGCUAAGGAGAAAAGAAUCACGGACACCGCGUCGCGCGUCCUCCGUUUAUCCAUCCAAGGAUUAGAAAGUCGAUUCCGGAGGAUGAAUUGGGAGUCGCGGCGAACCGCUUCGUCGCAGCCACGUUCCCGAGGGAAACGGACAGGAAAAGGAACUGCGGAGGAACACGAAAGUCGACGAGGCGCGCCCGGGUUUUAUAUUAUAAUUAGCCGGAAUCCUCGGCUCGGAUAUGGCGAGGUAAAGCGAACCCGGGUUAAAUACGAGUCACCGAGAGAACCGGGUGAUUUCGUUGUUGGAUGGAAGAGGAAAGAAGAAAGGAAGGGAAGGUGGGCCACGGAUGGUGGGUAGGGAUGAUGGCGUUGAAAGGCCAUAAACCGAGGACCCCCUGCUAUCGAUGGGCUACUCGCCGUUGAUGGGGGAACUAAUGACAGGACGGUUCGGCGUAAUGGACUGCUUAUAGUCGGUCGCUCGCUCGGUUCGGCGGUAAUAGAUUCGGGGAUGAAACGUGAAACCGCGAUGGUGGGUCUGCGUAAAAUGGCGCUCGAGCCGAGGAUCUUUCGCGUACGUAAAAUCGUAGCCAGACAAUUCUGCCGACCAGUGGACGAAGAAGAAAAAGAAGAGAUAUCGAGAAGGAGAUAAACGGGCGUAGGACGCGUCGCGGCUCGUACCUGGACGAUCUCGAAGCCAAAAGCGACGGCGGUCGGCGACGACCUUAUUGGAAAGUCGUGUUCCAGCGCUAAAACCGGAAGUCGAGAGAGAAGCUGACACAGUCCGAAGGAGAAACGAGCUCGCCGCCGGGCCUUUACCAGCACCUCGCUCGAACAACGAACCUAAAUUCUUUUCCAAUUCGUCGUCGCCCCUUUCGUUCCCUAGCCUUGUUUUCCUCACGGAUAUAAAGACGCUGGCGUUUGUGAAUCUCGCGAAUCGUACGGCAGCCUCUCUUCGCAUCGAGUCUGAAACGCGCAUAAAUCUUCUUUAGACUCGCAUGAAUAGCGCCCGUUUAGCUUCCCGGUUCAAAGCCGGCUGAGGAAAAAUCUACGAGCGAGCCGAGACGACGCUCUGUAAUUCACGCGAGUUCGAAUCGCGGCAAAGGAGAACCGUUCUCGUCCCUCCGAGGUGAACCGCGUGUCGUCGACCGGAGAGGGUGGAAAAGCCGGCGCACCCCGAAUCGAUCGCGACGCCUCGAUAUCGUCGAAAAAAUAGAGCGAGAAAAAACACAGGUGGUCGUCGUGUCCCGUUCGCAGCACGGCCGCUCGUUCUGGCCGACUCGAAGUAGGCGUAAGUAGGCAAACCGGGUGUCGGGGAUCGCGCUCGUUUUUCAUUCGUUCCCUUUCCCGGUUUCUUUUUUCAUGUUUUUCUGUCGUAUCGCGCGAGGCCGAGAGUAAGCGAAAAAGAAUGCGCGCGUCGAAAGGUCGAGCCAGGUUUCGGGCCGGGACAUCGUUUCGCUAUCGGGAAAAAUUGAACGAACCCGAGUGGAAUCUACGAGAGGAGAAAAGGUAGUUUGCUCGCGUACGGAUAGGAGACGCGGGGCACGGUCGUCGGUUGUGAUACUUACGAUCUCGCCUCGUUAUUUCGUAUGCGCGAUCGUAGAGAUCUCGUUUGUACCGCGCGAAAACUCGGGCGUUAGCCGAGAGACCUCUUCGACCGGCGGCACCGUGGAAUCUCGUUGACCGGUUUAAAGGCUAAGCGUUUGUUAUAUGCCCGGUAGAGCGUAACCUGGCGAACGAGCGACGCUCGCGCACCUGGUACCGCGGAAUAAUAUCGUAAUUGGGUAAUAAGAUGCGGUACGAGGACCUUGCUUACUUCGUUUGCCACGUCGCCGCUGCUACCGAUAUCCGAAGCACCUACGCGCCUCGUUUUCGACCACGGACUUGUAUUUUCCGGUGUCUCUCGAACGGUUCGACGGAAAGUGGCCGGAGGAAGAGAAGAGGGUCGGCGCGUUCGCGCUUUAAUCGUCUAGCUGCUGGCCAGAGUCGGUCGCCUUUGAGCUGCACCUUCUCUCGGUCGACAAGCGGAAACUAUUCGAGGAAUUUCCUACGGCCGUUCGGCCGGUCGCUUAUCACCGAAAACGCAAACGGCUGCGAACCGAAGAGCGAAUCGUUGUAUCAUCGGUGAUCACCGAUCGGGAUUCGGUAGUUUCGCCCGGGACGAUUUUAUUACGCGAUACAUCGAGCUUAGAGGACACGGGUUUUCAUCGACGAAGGUUCACCCGUUUACGGUCUCGUCCCGGAUCCGUCUAUCCGCUCGCUCCUGCUCGCGCCGUGUUCCCGGGAUCCUUCGAAAAUUUAUCGCUACACAGGGAUACACUCUUGUCGAACGUCGAGAACGUGGAAGUUUCGGAGAAAUUUCGCGAAUCGAUCGGAAUUUCCACGUGGCAACCGAGCAUCCGAAGUGGCAGAAAUUCUUGCAGCGCAGAUGCCGCGGUGUUAGCUCUCGGGGAGGAUGUUCCACGGGGGCGGAAGCGGUGGUUACGGCGCGAGUUCCGACUACCAGCAGCAGUCCCAGCAACAGCAACAGCAACACGGCCAACAGCUCCAGGCACCCGUCUACGUUCCUUCAUCCAGGCCGACCAUCCCUUCGGCAGCGACGGCGGCGGCGGCUGCGGCGGCCGCGCAAUAUCAUUCGUUUCCCACCUCCGGUUCGCCCGCUUGGGAGAAGACCGCAGCUUCGUGGCAGCAUGGAGUGGACACGUACGCGGCGCAUCACGCGUUGGCGGGCCACGCGAGCGGUUCCGCGGCCGCGGCCGCGGCUGCGGCGGCAGCGAUGGGCCCGCAUUCCGGCCACGGUCAUCCGCACGCGGGCCACCCGCACACCGGACAUCCUCACACGAGCCUCGCCGCGGCCGCCCCGUUUUACGCCCAAAACGUCGCCAUGAUGUCCUCCUGGCGCGCCUACGACGGAGCUGGAUUUCAACGAGCCUCGCCCUACGAUACCGCGAUGGACUUUCAAUUCGGCGAGGGUCGCGAAUGCGUGAACUGCGGCGCUAUAUCGACGCCGCUAUGGAGGAGAGACGGCACCGGGCAUUAUCUCUGCAACGCGUGCGGACUCUAUCACAAGAUGAACGGAAUGAACAGACCGUUGAUCAAGCCCUCGAAACGGCUGACAGCGACCAGACGGUUGGGACUCUGCUGCACCAACUGCGGCACCCGUACCACCACCCUCUGGAGGCGGAACAACGAGGGUGAACCGGUGUGCAACGCCUGCGGUCUCUAUUUCAAGCUCCACGGGGUGAACAGACCUCUGGCGAUGCGAAAAGACGGCAUUCAGACGCGGAAACGGAAGCCGAAGAAAACGCCGGAACCGAACGCGAGACCGUCAACCGGCGACCACGAGACCGCCACCGUUUCCACCGCAUCGUCUCCGUCCACCGAAAUGAAGAACAAUCAACAGCAACAGCAAUCGCAACAGCAACAACAGCAUCAUCAUCAAAUCGAAACGUCCAAGUCGUCCGGCGUCGGGGCAUCGUCGAGUUCGAACGAGAGGCCGGUGUACCUAGGGCACACGUCCCUCUUGGCCACCGGAAGCGUGGCCACCGUGAAAACGGAACCGCGUAGCUGCGACGGGAUCGUCGGGCAACCGUACUCCUCGUACUAUCAGCAUCCUCACCAACUCGGGGUGACGACUAGCGAGCACCAACAGCAAACCUAUUACGCUAGUCAAGAAGCACCUUAUCAUCAUCAACACCACGUCACCGCGGCUGCCAAGUUGCUCGCUUCCUCUUAAUUCGAUCAACUUCCGACGGAAAACUCGGUGGUUCGCGUUGUUCCGCGAAGGGAUGCCUCGCGACCGAUGUACUCUAUCAGCCAAGAAACGUUCGCGAUUCGAAACCGAUUCGAAACCGAGUGAUUUUCUUCGCGACACCUUAUUCUUCGUACGUUCCUUUGCGUUCGCGCGGCUAGUAUACCCAUCAUUGACGCAUUAAAAGUACUUAAUUGUAAAUACCUAUGUAUCGAAGUUGUCCGAAAUCGAAAGACUGGAUAUCUAAAAAAAAAAGCGUAUCGACGAUUCGGGUUGACUGGCCGAAAAGGCGGCGGAAAAGUAAGGGUGGCCCGUUAGCCGUCGCGUAGCUUUCGCACCCUGUGCCACCCGUCGCGUCGCCUCGAUCGAUCUCCGAACCGAAUCGAUCGGUUUUUUCUUUUUUCUGUACAGUUCCUGUAUCGUUAGUUAUUUCUUUUUUUUUUCUCUCGACGCGCAAUAAAGUGAACAGCUUUCGACCUUGCCUCAUCGAAUGCUUGGCGAACCAGUAAACGCGUUAUCGACCCCGUUCUCGCGCGACCCACCGGUUAUUUCCUAACCCUCUCGAAGCUGUCGACUCGCGAACCAACCUACCUACGCUCCCGCGAUUCCUCGUUCAAACGAUCGCCUUAGGCCUCGUCAGUGCUCGGUAAAUAUUAUCUUUUCGCCGGUCUGACCGGAACGACUCGAGUGACAUAGGUACUCAACCCCUGGGAGACGCGCUCGUCGAUAAACCAAACUACCCCUGUGACGGGCUCGAGAAUCGCCCCGCAAUCAUUUGCUUCGCCUUUAUUCCUUGCCACCUUUGCUACCUUCCGUGCGAUCAGUCGAUCCUCGUCCCUGAUCCUAGCUGCGUCGCCGAUAUUCUCCUC